CCUGCUUCCCAUCCUCCGCGAGCCCGCCGUCAUCUGACUCCUCCCGGGUAGGGACGGGCUCGGCGAGAGGAAGCGGCCCCGGAUGGAAGCGGCGGCCACGGGCGACGGUUGCGGGCCGCGGCUGCCCCCGGGGGGAGAGGCGGCGGCGGAAGGAGAGCCCCUCCUCGUGGCCGAGCUCAAGCCGGGACAACCCCAACAGCAUGACUGGAAAUCCAGCUGCGAGACCUGGAGUGUGGCCUUCUCCGCCGAUGGGACUUGGUUUGCCUGGUCACAGGGCCACUGUGUGGUCAGGCUGCUCCCGUGGCCUUUGCAGAGGACUGAGCACCACGUCAAAGCUUUGGAGCCCAAGAACCAGUGUGCAAAAACCAAGGCCAAGGGUUACGGUGGGACCAAGGAGAAGAGCUUGGAAUGUGGACAGAUUGUCUGGGGUCUGGCGUUUAGUUCGUGGCUGCCGCCCCAAUCACAUAAGUAUCUCCCCUGGAAGGAAACCUCUCCUUGCUUGAUCCUGGCCACAGGAUUACAUGACGGGCAGAUUAAAGUCUGGGAAGUAGAAACAGGAAACUUGCUUUUUCACCUUGUGGGGCACCAAGAUGUGGUGAGGGAUUUGAGCUUUGCACCCGGCAACCCUUGUUCCAUUCUUGUCUCCGCAUCCCGGGACAAAACGCUUCGUGUCUGGGACCUCGGUCAAAAUGGGAAGCAAUUGAAAGUGCUUUCUGGACAUUUGCAGUGGGUUUACGGUUGCUCCAUUUCUCCCGACGGUCAGAUGCUCUGCUCCGUGGCCGGAGAGAAAUCAGCUCUGCUCUGGAGCAUGAGCUCCUAUUGCCUGCUGCAGAAACUCGAAGGCCACCAAGGCUGCGUGGCGUCUUGUGACUUUUCUCCGGAUUCUGCUCUGCUUGCCACUGCCUCCUACGACACCUGCGUGAUCCUCUGGGAUCCCUGCACGGGGGAGAAACUAAGAUCCCUUUGGCAUGUCCCCUUGCAACCUGCAGUGGACCAAGGUGUGAACUUCUACACCAGCUCCUUGAGGUCGGUGUGCUUCUCACCCGAAGGCCUCUUCCUUGCCACAGUGGCAGACGACAGGCUCCUCCGGAUUUGGGCAUUAGAGCUUGAGAAUCCUGUUGCUUUUGCUCCUGUGAAGAACGGUCUCUGCUGCACUUAUUUUCCACACGGUGGGAUCAUCGCAACGGGGACCAGAGAUGGCCACGCCCAAUUUUGGACAGCACCUCAAGCUCUGUCUUCUCUAAAGCACUUGUGCCGGAAAGUUCUCCGUGGCUGCUUCACCAGCUACCAAGUCCAGGCGCUGAGCAUCCCCAAGAAGAUGAAGGAAUUCCUCACCUACAGGACUUUAUGACACCGGCCCAAAGGAGGCGCUGCUGUGACUGAUCCGUUUCUCGCUUUGCAUCGUGUUGCACACACCAAGACAAGACAAAACUCUUUGGGAUGCCAAGCAAGGAAGCAACCUCAUUUCCUAGCUGAGAAAAUGACCCCAAGGAUGCUGUUGGCAAAUUCUCUUUUUCUGAACUAGCCAUGUGGAAGAAAUCUUUUGCCAUAAUUAAAAUUGGCCAGUUACCACCACCACUACCACCACCCCAGGCUUUCUGGGAUGUGGGUCAAACACCCACAGCUGCCCCUCGGACAUUUUUUUAACAAAAAAACCAACUCAGGAUACAGAAGGAAACAAUGAUAAGAAUAUCAUUAUUGAAUCAGCUAGCGGCAACUUUUUUGGUUAUUCCGGAGUGAUUUUGGCUCCUGUUUAUCCACUGUCUAGGAAAAAAAAAUCAGGUUUGGAUCUUCUCCAUGAAUGCAAACGUGGAAUUGGAAAUCUUUCCUGCAACAAUGGGCCACUGGAUGAAGCUUAUGCUGUUUACAGGGAGAUGGGAAAUCAAAGCUGUGCUUUAUUAUUAUUUUUUGCCUGGCUUGAACGGGGAAACGCUUUGUCAGUAAAAU